GAGGAGGCCCAGAGGCUUGCGUCAUCUUGUGUUGCUUCGUAUGUCAUUCUCUUAUAGUAUUGGGGCCUUUGGAUGGCUAGCCCACAGACAUGCACACCACUAUCAUGUUUGGGUAGCCGUUUGCCCAUUUGACUCUUGGGUGAUCGUGAGUCCGGGGGUCCUAUCCACACACCAUGCACGCUCCCCAUUGUGGACGGGUAAACACAAGCCUUCGUUGGACGGUCGAUAUCUCAAGCGAGCUUAGCUGAGAUCAUGCGCAACGAACGCCGACGAGUAGUCCUGCGCUAGGUUUGUGUGGAGCGCCGCCUUUGUUAGCUGAGGGGCGGAGGCUUGGGCACAUUUUGGGUUCAUGUCAGUCAAUUGAGAGCUCUGACCGUAUGAACGUGUUUCUCCGUGGAAGAAGAGGCUCAUGACAAUUGCUUGCGUGUUACAUGACGCACAUUUCGCCGAGUCUUGAUUCAGUUUCAAAACAGCAAACUAGAGCAACCAUCGGCACAGCCUUAUAUUUGGAUUCAAAAAUCAGUGCGUGACUUGAGUUCUAUUCGGUUGGGCAACUCCAGUGGCUAGGUAACUACCUAGGAAGGUAACAAGCAAGCCACAGUUGGAAGAUCAACCCACGUCUAGAAACUGGCGGGAGUGUGUUUAUCUGAAUGUUGAUUCGCAAGUCAAUAAACUCCGUCGGGUCGUAAUCCUCUCUCCUUGAUUUGGAGUUGAGAUAAAUUACACCGAUAGAGCAAGCAUUGCACACAAAGCGAACGUGUGAUUGUCGUAAUCCCGAAUCCCAGACCUGAAGAAUAACGUGAACCUGAGCUCCUUGAGGCGCUUCAGAUCAAGUUGGCCAUCUUCGUCACUGCGUCAAUCAAAGUAGAUCUGAAAUCAAGUUGAUGUGAAAGGCUGAUAAGAAACUUAUGAAGGCCCCAGCCAGCACCCAUCGCUGAGACGCUACACAAGCUCAAGACAGCGCUCUUAUUUCUUGGCUCACUAUCUUUCGCCAUCAUCAUCCUUGUCCUCGUCCUCAUCAUCAUGGAAAAAGUGGGCAUUUUCACGUCGCGCAUCGUGCGAGAAGAGCUCAUUGAAGAGGAGCAUAGCAUCAUCCGAUACCACCAUCACGGCCACGGCAAUCACCAUCAUCAUCAUCAUCAUCAUCAUCAUCAUCCCCACCACCACCACCAUCACUCGGAUGGGAUCCGGAAGAAAAAAAUGGCCCAGAAUAAAGAGCUUCACCGGAAGGCCGAAAAGGAAUUGAAAAGAAUGGAGAGAACCGACCAGUCCUCUCUGUUCGGCUCUCAGGCUGUAUUUACAUUCGUUCAUCCCACGGAGAAGCUCAAGAUCACUUACCGAGAACAACAAUCGCGAUUGCGGUUAGCCGUGGCCAGGCACCGGGAUCUCCAAGAAGGAGCCGUUCUGGACACCUUAGAAAAAGGAGUGGGCUACCCUGUCAUUCACGUCAAUUUCCAUCCGAAAAUCAAGCCACCUUCCGAUCAACCUUCCAUGAGAGACCAAGGGAGUGGGCUCAUCGGCCAUGGAACCCGACAAAGAGCAGAGCCCAAGACCAUCCCCAACAACAACAACCCCAAUAACUCCUCGUCCCACUCCGGCAUUGCCCCUUCCCCUUCAGUGGGCAGCCUCCUGAACCAAGUGCCCCAUCCGCAUUCUUGUUGGGCCUCGUCGUCGUCAUCGUCGUCUCAAGUUCAGAAAUCUUCCUCAUCAUCCUCAGUCAAUAACCAUUAUCGAUCUUCGUUCUCGACAUCUACAAGUUCCUACAGCACCUCCACUUCCAAUGCCAAACGAUCGAGUUCCACGUCUCAUCUGACAAGUGGAAAAUCGGGAACAAAUUCUUCAAUUCCUAAGCUCCUCAAAGAGAACGCACUGGGACCAGCGGUACAUGUCCAACAAGGACUCUACGAGGAAGUGAAACGCAUUGAGCCGGACUUCGCCUUCAGUCCACGCGACAACAUCGACACACGAGCAUAUAUCAUCCUGGGAUUCAAAACCUUAGACACCGGCUUCUCCUCGGUCUUGGAGCAAACUUGGCGGGAUUGGACCGGGGCCAGGGCCAUCUACCUUAGACUGCACAACGAUUUCGAUCUCUCCAA